CCGCAAUCCAACAAUGUCUGAUCCGAGGCUGGAGACGAGAAGGCCUCGCCAACAUGAUCUGAAUGCAAGUCAUGUGGGCGUUAAUAAUCGAAGGCCUACCAAUUCGAGACCAGGAGAACAUUUGCGUCCAUCCGCACAUUUCGGAAGCACACACUCGGAUAAGCAUAUUGACUCCCAACACGCUCCUACGAAUGGCCAAGCUUAUGCGCAUGGUCGUCCCCAGACGUUUCCUCCGUUUCAUACGCAGCCUCCCGCAAAACUUGAUGCACAGACACCAGCGCAGCUUCCUGCGCAGCCUCAGGCCCGUCCGCAAGGAAAUCCGACCAUAAGACCCGGUCCAUCGGGAAUCGGCCCAUCUCAUCCACAAAGAAGUGCUGUACGGCCAAAUCCUUACCCAUUGAAACCCAGCAAUCGGCCAAUGAAUCAUACUGCAACAACGUCUAGAGGACCAAUGCCAAAGGUCCCAAUUUCCGGAAACUUGGAGAAAACGGAGAAAAAGAUUUUGCCGGACAUGACAGCUCCAUUGCCGGUGCCCGGAGAAAAUACUGAAAACAAACCUCAGCGUACGCCAACCACAGAAGACGAG